AUGGCAACCAUAACAUCUUCCACCAUCUCCAUCCCAUCAUUCACCGGCCUCAAGACCGCCGCAGCCGGUUCAAGGGCCACUACUGCUACCGUCAAGGUAGCAUCCACCACCCCAAAGCUCUCAGUGAGAGCUUCAUUGAAGCAAGCGGUGGCCACAGCUAUCGCUGUUUCUGCCAGCGCGUUGCUGGCCAGCAACUCGCUGGCAGCAGAAGUCUUGCUAGGAAGCAGUGACGGUGGAUUGGUUUUCGAACCAUCCACCUUCAGUGUUGCAUCUGGCGAGAAGAUUGUGUUCAAGAACAACGCAGGGUUCCCACACAACGUUGUGUUUGAUGAAGACGAGGUUCCAGCUGGCGUUGACGUGUCCAAGAUUUCAAUGAGUGAAGAGGAUUUGUUGAAUGCAGGAGGAGACACGUAUGCAGUGACAUUGACUGAGAAAGGGACUUACAGUUUCUAUUGUGCACCACACCAAGGUGCUGGGAUGGUUGGCAAAGUUACUGUUAAUUAA